CCGGUCGCCGGAGGGGGCCCCCCUCCCACUGCAGCCGGGAACAAGCCGGGCCGGGAGUGCGGGGCCCCGCGGGCACCAUGCGGCCGAGGUGAAAUCCUCCGCUUGACUCGUUCUUUCCUUGGCUGCGUGCGGUGCCCGUCUCGCUCAGGCAGCUGGAGUGAGCCCAGGGCUGGCACUGCUCACACAAAGGGCCUGGACCCAGCGGGAAGCCCUGGUCGGGCACAGGCUGGCAGCGGCAGGAGAAUGAGUGGGCAGCGCGUGGAUGUCAAAGUAGUAAUGCUGGGAAAGGAAUACGUGGGCAAGACCAGCCUGGUGGAGAGAUACGUCCACAACCGCUUCCUUGUUGGACCCUACCAGAACACGAUCGGGGCUGCGUUUGUGGCCAAAGUGAUGUCAGUCGGGGGCCGGACAGUAACCUUGGGGAUCUGGGACACAGCUGGGUCGGAGCGGUACGAGGCCAUGAGUCGGAUAUACUACCGCGGGGCAAGGGCUGCCAUUGUGUGUUACGAUCUCACAGAUAGCAGCAGCUUCCAGCGAGCUAAGUUCUGGGUGACCGAGCUGCAGAACUUUGAGGAGAACUGCCGGAUCUAUCUGUGUGGCACCAAAAGCGACCUGUUAGAAGAGGACAGGAAGAAGCGGGGCAUUGACUUCCAUGAUGUGCAGGAUUACGCAGACGAGAUUAAGGCUGAGCUCUUUGAAACCUCCAGUAAGACAGGCCAGAGUGUGGAUGAGCUGUUUCAGAAGGUGGCUGAGGAUUAUGUCCAGCUCAUGGCCUUCCAGGUGAUGACAGAGGAUGAAGGCGUAGACCUGAGUCAGAAGAACAGCACCUACUUCUACAGCUGCUGCCACCAUUGAACGCGCCCCCUGCUGCCAACAAAAACCAGCUCGCUGGGUUUGCAGUGCCUGC